AUGAAAAACGGAAAAAAAGAAGGAGAAGAUUCUCGUUUUGUUUGUUUCGAUCACAUCCGCUUUUGGGUUGGAAAUGCUAAGCAGGCUGCUCAUUGGUAUCGUAUAAAUUUUGGUUUUAAAACAUUUGCAUAUAGAGGACUUGAAACUGGGAGUAGAAGAACAGUAGCCCAUGCAAUAAAGCAGGGAAAAAUAAUUUUUGUUUUUGAAUCCCCUCUUUUGCCAAAUAAUGAAGAAAUUGGGAAACAUUUAAAUAAACAUGGAGAUGGUGUAAAAGAUGUUGCUUUUGAAGUAGAUAAUUUGGAUUGGAUAGUUGAACAAGCAAAAAUAAAUGGAGGGAAAAUUGUUGAAGAUGUAACUGAAGAUACGGAUGAAAAUGGAUCUGUUAGGGUGUAUGGAGAUACAGUCCACACAUUAAUUGAUCGAAGUAAAUAUCGUGGAGUGUUCCUUCCCGGAUUUAAACCAGCAAAUGAGGAAACAGAAAAUGAAUUUAAUUUUCCUCAACCAGAACUGAAGUUUAUAGAUCAUUGUGUGGGAAAUCAACCAGAUUUGACUAUGGAAAGUGUGGCACAAUGGUAUGAAAGAGUACUUGCUUUUCACCGUUUUUGGUCAGUAGAUGAUUCUGUUAUUCACACAGAAUAUUCGGCCCUUCGUUCAAUUGUAAUGGCAAAUAAAGAGGAAACAAUUAAAAUGCCUAUAAACGAGCCAGCAAAAUCAAGAAAAGCAGUCUCUCAAAUACAAGAAUUUGUUGAUUAUUAUGGAGGGGCCGGUGUUCAACAUAUUGCUUUAAAUACAUCAAAUAUAAUUAAAGCAAUAGAAUCACUUAAAUUUAGAGGAUUACAAUUUCUUUCUAUUCCAGAUUCUUAUUAUUUAAAUUUGAGGGAAAGACUUGAAGCUGCUAAAAUGAAAAUUGAAGAAGAUAUUAAUAUAUUACAAAAACUAAAAAUUCUUGUUGAUUUUGAUGAGAAUGGUUAUUUACUACAAAUAUUUUCAAAACCCUGUCAAGACCGCCCAACACUUUUUAUUGAAAUAAUUCAACGUCAUAAUCACCAAGGAUUUGGAGCUGGCAAUUUUAAAGCAUUAUUUGAAUCAAUUGAAACAGAACAAAAUGAAAGAGGAAAUCUUUUUUAUGAAAAUGUGGAAAAAGGAGGGAAGAAAGUUGAUAAAAUAUAAAAAGAAAAUAUAUUUUUUAAAUUAAAAGUGAGAGGUCCCCUCCAGAAGUACUUAAAUUACAAAAAAUUGUAAAUUUUAUAAAAAUAAAUUCCGCCUUUACCAAUAUAAAUUUAUGUUUAUUUAAACAAGCUCCAAUCCAAAAUCCCUUCUUUACCUUUUCUUAUUAUUAAAAAACAAAGACUAAACAAAAAUUAAACAAAAUUUUUAAAAUUUAAAAUGAAAAUUCAUUAUCAGCAUCAUCAAUUAUUUUACUAAAAUCAUCCUCUUCCUCCUCUUCUUCUUCUUCUUCAUCAAUUAUUAAAAUACUUGCAUUAUUUCCUUCUUCUUCUUCUUCAAAAAUUGUUUCAUCAACACAAUUAAUAGUAUUUUCUUUUUUAUUUUCUUCUUCUUCCUUUUCCUUCCCAACAUUCUCUUUUCCCUUCUCUUUUUCUUUUCUUUCUUCUAUUUUUUCAAUAAAAUUAAUAAUUUUAUUAUUAUUUCCUUCUUCCUCCCCAUUUUCAACAACAAUUUCUUCUUCAAUAGUAAAAUUAAUUUUUUCUUUUUCAUUAUUUUCCUCAUUAUUCUUUUCAAUUACUUCUUCAAAAAUAAUUUCUUUAUUUUCUAAAAGAUGAUCAAAAAUAGUUUCAUCUACUU